AUGCUACUCAAACUCAGUGCGAUGAGCAACGACCAAAGUGUAAAAAUUGUGAGCGCCAACGGAGUACCUGUGUUUACGCUUCGUCUGGCCCCUGGCAGUGGAGGGUCGACAUCCGAGGAAACCGUGGCGAGGCAUCCAUUCCAGAAUACAGAAGACUUCACAACAAUGCCCUGGAUCAACCCGGAGCCCAGAAUCUGCAGCGAGAAGAUCAAGUACAAGAGGCGGAUAUCCAACAUUUCAGGUUGCUCAUACACUGGACGACUGCAGUGUAUCAAUCGCCUCUCCGCAGCAAAUUCUACAGAUCGUGAAGACCUGCUGCAGAAUGCGUUGAAUUAUCACAGCCAAUCAUUACAGCUCUUCGCUCCAACCCUGGAGGACUUGAUCCGUUCGGAUUGUAACGCAGCAUUUUCUCUAUCACUCAUCCUGAUCCUGUUCUCCUUUGCUGCCCCCUUAUUGGUGGUUGGAGAUUCCGGCAUGGACGCUAUAUAUGAACUGUACCAGGUUUGCGUAUUCGUCAAAAAGAUGAUGAAUUUCUCGGUGGGUAUCUAUGGGACUGUCAAGAGGGGGGUUCUGGCCCCGCUCGUCCACAUAGAUGACUCCGUCUCUGAGUUGUCUGGCUCUCCUCUUACAGCCAUUGCCUGUCUGAGUGACCUAAAUUCGAGGGCUUACGACAGGAAUCCCAGUCAUGAAUUCCAGAUGUACCAAGAAUCAAUCGAUCGUCUAGUAGACCCUUUGGGGAAAUUGGGCGAUCCCGGAAGUCAUCGACUAUCAGGGGUCUUUAUGUGGGUCUUCCACGUUCCUGAUCGGUUCUUUCAGCUGGUCCAGAAGAGGGAUGCUUUUGCCCUCAUCAUUCUCGCUCACUUCUGUGUCCUAUUGCACGACUUACGCAAUCAUUGGUGGAUGUCUUCUUGGGGAUACAAAGUGAUCGUGGCCAUCUACCGGACCUUGGACGCAGACCUCAGGUAUUCGCUGUCAUGGCCUUUGUUACAGAUCGGGUACACGGGCGAAAUUUGA